AUCGACAGUGGUCAGCUGGAGCCAUAUGUAGAAUGUUCCUCGUGCGAGCGGUGCGCUAAACAAUCAGUCAGUCAGUCAGUCAGUGUGCAGAGCUAGAGAGUUGUCGAUCGUGUGUGUUUUGUGCGUGUUGCGUUUCGAUUUUUGUUUUGCGGCGAUCGAUCGUUCGAAAGCGAUCGGCGAGACGUGAAAAAAGGAGGAAAAAACAUACAGCGGGGUUCGCUGCAAUCAGUUUUUUGGAGAGAUCCGUCCGGGUGACAGCCGAAAUUUGAAGGACGCAGAUUGACUAUAGGGAGCGGAAAGUUGACGCAACCGGUGACGGGAUCGUGUGCAAUUUUGGAGAAAAAAGAGGUUUUUGUGCAAAUCGAUUGCGAUCGUCGAGAGUUGGUGGCGGAGAACGGCAAAAAUCCACAAGUGUUUUUGGAAUUGUGAGAGUGUGACUGUUGUGAACUAAUAGAAGAAUCUCAACUUCAGUUUAGGAGGAGUUUAGUUCAGUUGAAUACUUAACAAAAACAACAAAAGUUAUUGGAAUAUCUCGUAAAUCUGAGGAACCAGAUGUCAGCAAACGUAUUAAUACAGAUUCUGCACAACCUGUUGAAUCGCUAAAAAAACCUAAGUUCAAUCAACUGCCACUAGCUUAGCUGUUCAAACGCUGACAUGUAAAGUAAUUUUACCGGCAAGAAACAAAAUAACAGCGGCGACACUUGCAAGCAUCAGAGAUUAAAAGAAAGAAAUCGUAAAGAUUCCAAUCUGUACGAGAAAAGAGCGAUCAAACCUAGAGAUAAAAAUAAUCUCGAAAAGGGGAUCAAAACAUUAGAAAAGAUCCCAAAAAAAGAAGGAGCUACUCUGUGACCGAACAUCGACAACAGGCGACGGCGGCGUAGAAGCAACGGCGUGAUCUUUCAACGGCCCAACGCGGAGGUGUGUAGGAGGACAAGGUGCGUGAUUGGCGCGGCUGCUACAGGGAAGGCGAACAACCAUCGUGUGGAUAACGUGAGCGACCGGCUGAGGAACGAAACUGUUGCUGCGGAAGCUGCCUGCGAAGAGAAGAAGUGUACCGUCCAACGCAACGAACGAGCGACCGAGUUCAUCCAUCUGUCAAAACAAGCGGAGAGUGAGUGCCCACCCGUUCCCAGCCCGAAAUAAGCAUUCUUCAGUUCAUUCGGGGUCGCGGAUUUUUACGGGUGCGAAUUUUCCUCGUCGAGGAAAACCGUCGGUUUAUGUGGUGUGCGAAAUACGGAAAACAGUGACAGACACGGCCCUUUCCCGGAAGACUACAGUGCGAUAGGAACGAACUCGAACGCGAGUGCUUCCGGAGGUCAAAGACCACCGGAAACGUCCGAAAGCAUACUCCCGUGCGUGUGAACGUUCUGGUUGAUUGGAAAAGUGCGAAAAACCGGGUAGUGACGUGGUAAGAAGAAGCAAUUCGUGUGCUAGAACCUACCGAAAGCCGCGAGCGUGAAUCUUCCUUUGGUGCCAGUCCCCAGAAAAGCCGCAAAAAUUUGGGAAAUAAUGGAUCCCAAUGCAGCGCGUGACUCGCGCUACAAUUUGAACUACAGUAUGAGUAUGAUGAGCGAAACGCCGGAGAUCUACGGAAAUCCGAACGUUUCGCUGGCCCGGCCUCCAAGUGGAGGCCUCGUGGGUCAAGUCAUGUCUCGCGGGGGUGGUCUUAUGAGUGCCGGGAAUGGACCACAGUGCGGUGCCGGUGGUGGCGGUGGCGGCGGAGGUGGAGGCGGAAGUUUAAGCCGCGGUAUCAAACGAGCCAACUCGGACUGUUACGACGAUGGCCGGCAGAUGGUCGGCUCGCAGGGUCUGACCGGUCUCGAAGGGUGCAACGUUGGCUCGGAUGUUGUGGACGAAAGCUACACCUCGCUGCAGCCGAAGAAGUCACCACCGAGCAACGGGAAGAAGACAAAGGGCCGUGUCAAGAUUAAGAUGGAAUACAUCGACAAUAAGUUGCGACGGUACACGACCUUCUCGAAGCGCAAAACCGGAAUCAUGAAAAAGGCCUACGAACUUUCGACUCUGACCGGCACGCAAGUGAUGCUGCUGGUGGCCUCCGAGACCGGUCACGUGUACACGUUCGCGACGCGCAAGCUCCAGCCGAUGAUCACGUCGGAAGCGGGCAAAGCGCUCAUCCAGACCUGCCUGAACUCGCCGGAUCCCCCGACGGGGUCCAGCGGGGAUCAGCGGAUGUCUGCCACCGGGUUCGAGGAAACCGAACUCAGCUACAACAUCGGCGACGAAGAUUCGAAAGAUGAUCGUUCACCGAUGUCGUCAGGCAGCGAUACCGAGGACUACUCGCCUCCCGAUUCGCCACCUGGACCUAGCUGUAGUAAUAGUAAAAUACCAAAUGAAACAAUCAUUAAUAGUAAUAAUCACAGUGUUAGUAUAGCGCCACAAACGUCGUCUUCUAGUACGUCAACUUCAACACCGUCGUCGUCGUCGUCGUCGAUAGCGGCUCAGGCAGCGGCUCAAGCGGCUGCCAACAGCAACAAACUGUCCAUCCUCGAGGAGCAAUACAAACAACAGCAGCAAGCACUUCAACAGCAUCAACAGCAUCAACAGCAACAGCAACAACAACAACAUCAGCAAUCCCAAGUCACAAGCAAUGUAAUUUACCCGGCUACGGCAUUGGCUAAUCUACCUCAGGACGUGUUGGUCAGACUGCUGCAAUCGGGUCAAAUACAGCUUCAUAACGAGGAUGGCGGUCAACAAUUCAUCACCAUACCCCUGUCGCUCAUGUCCACCCUCAAACCGGAUCCCAAAAAUGCCAACGGAAACCAGAACCAUCCUGCUCAGCCCAUCAAUGCCAAAUCGAACACUUCCAACGCCAGAUCUUCAUCGUCUCCUGCGUCAUCAUCAUCGACAUUUACGGCCGGAAGGCGUCCUCCGCAGUCCAAGGAUGUCACUAUCAAGGCCGAAGUCGAUGACUGAGUUUGAAAGUGUUUGCUUUUAAUUAGACUAACAGAAUAAACAAUUCGCUUUUACAGGUUUUCUUUAUGAGCUUUGGAAUAAUAUUUGUUAGGUACUGUAACGUUUUCUCUUUUGACAAAUCGUAAAUUGCCGUAAAAAAACAUGCAAAAUCCAAUAGUAGACUUAGAUAUUUGCAAAAGGCUUUUCAACAUUUUCUGCAUUAAUCAUCUUGUUGUAAUAACAAGCAAUCAAAACUAAAUGCUUUUAAUAGAUUUAUUUAUUACAAAAGGCCAAAAGUACUUGAACACCAUAAUAAUCACCCCUAAAAUAAAUUGAAACAAACCAAAAUUCAUUCGACACACCAUUGCUAUUUACAUCCUAACAAAGAGUGAGAGGUUUUGAGGAUGCAUCAAAUGUCCUCCAUUGAAACGAAAACAAAAAUCGGAAUGAGAUUCGAGUUGUUGACCCUAGAUUAAGGUUUCUUUAACACUAGUUCCAUAAGCUUUAAGUUUAAACCAACCCAACAACAUAAUAUUGUAUGAUGCAAAAACUGUCUCAUUUACUUUUAGCUUUGAUAUGCAUCAAAAUCAUGGAUUUACAUGUACCAUAACCAGCUAUGUGCAUCUCAAACUGUAAGCUUUUCUUAGAUUGUAAGGCGAACUGUACGUUCUCAUCCUACUUGGUGGAUUCACCACCGCGAAAACAAAAAUCCAACAGUUUGUAAAGAAAAAAAAAUCGCUUGCACAUUCAUUGGUUGUUUCAUUUCUAUCUCUUUAUUCUUCUUUUCGCUAUUACUUAAGUACGUAACUUAUUAUAUUACACCAAAUAAGCGUUCAUAAUAAAAUGUUGAAAAUGGA